AUGUAUACCAACUCCGCUAUUAGACCUCUCAUUGACAUCACAAAAAGAGCUAGAGAAACGAAAACCAUACUAUUUUAUGAGAGGGAUAAAGUCCAAGAAAUAUGCGAAGAGAUAAAAGUUUUAAAGCAAGCAACCGAAGAAAUUAACGAUACCGAGUCAACCUCUGAAGAAGUUCACACGAGUUCUGGAAAGCUAUGUGUUUAUAAUGCUAUGAAGGAAAAAGAAUUGAACGCGAUUCAAUUAUAUCAUUUUCAAAGGAUCCGAAAGACUAAAGAAGCUGCGUGCAAGGAAACGCGUUUGCCUCAAAAUGAAUUCAAUAGAUUAACUAACUGGGAACAGACAUUUUAUAAUAAAUAUGAACAACUUAUUGAUAAUUACAAUAGUAAUUGUCCAAAGUCUCUUUACUUAAACGAUGAAUUACAUGUUCCUAAAGAACCCCAUGUGGUCGUUCGAGUCAUGGAAAAUCUUGAGAGAGUGAUGACAAAGAAUGGCAUCGUCGAAUUCCUUAAGGGAAGUCAGGCUGUGGUUAGGGAAGCUGAUUCAACAAUUGCAAAGUUGAUAAAUUCGGGAUAUCUCAAAAAAAUUAACAAGUGA